UUUCGCAGGCCGCGACCAACGGUUCACCAUCGCGUGUUCGGAGUACAAAAACGCCCAGAAUAAUUUUUCCAAGCUUCAAACGUGCGGAUAAUCGAAAAUAUAAAUAAACUCACAACACGAGCCAGUUAAAAGUGAGACACUGAUCAAGCAUGGACAGCACCGAAUUCCGGAAACGUGGCAUGGAAAUGGUUGAGUACAUCUGCAACUAUCUGGAGACGCUGAACGACCGCCGGGUCACGCCCAGCGUAGAGCCGGGCUAUCUGAGGCAUCUGUUGCCAUCUGAAGCUCCACAAGAACCGGAGGACUGGGACCAGAUCAUGAGCGAUGUGGAGGACAAAAUCAUGCCUGGCGUGACGCACUGGCAGCAUCCACGUUUUCAUGCGUAUUUUCCGGCGGGAAACUCAUUUCCCUCCAUCUUGGGCGAUAUGCUAGGUGAUGGAAUAGGCUGCAUUGGGUUCUCCUGGGCGGCCAGUCCUGCCUGUACCGAACUGGAGACCAUCGUACUGGACUGGCUGGGUAAGGCCAUCGGCCUACCGGACCAUUUUCUGGCCCUUAAAGAAGGCAGUACCGGCGGUGGGGUCAUUCAGACUUCUGCCUCGGAGUGCGUACUGGUCACGAUGCUGGCAGCGAGGGCUCAGGCUCUAAAGAGGCUCAAGGCCCAGCACCCGUUCGUGGAGGAAGGCCACUUGCUGUCCAAACUGAUGGCUUACUGCUCCAAAGAGGCGCACAGCUGCGUGGAGAAGGCUGCCAUGAUUUGCUUCGUGAAGCUGCGCAUCCUGGAACCCGACGAGAAUGCAAGCCUGCGCGGCCAGACGAUCUACGAGGCCAUGGAGGAGGACGAGCUGCAGGGCCUGGUGCCGUUCUUCGUCUCCACCACACUGGGCACCACUGGCUCCUGUGCCUUCGACAACCUGCCGGAGAUUGGCAAGCAAUUGCAACGCUUCCCUGGCGUCUGGCUGCACGUGGACGCCGCCUAUGCGGGCAACAGCUUUAUCUGCCCCGAGCUGAAGCCGCUCCUGAAGGGCAUCGAAUACGCCGACUCAUUCAACACGAAUCCCAACAAAUGGCUGCUGACCAAUUUUGACUGCUCAACACUGUGGGUGCGGGACCGCAUCCGCCUGACAUCAGCCCUGGUGGUGGAUCCGCUGUACCUCAAGCACGGCUACUCGGAUGCGGCCAUCGACUAUCGUCAUUGGGGAGUUCCACUCAGCCGGCGAUUUCGUUCGCUGAAGCUGUGGUUCGUGCUGCGUAGUUAUGGAAUCUCCGGGCUGCAGCACUACAUACGUCAUCAUAUCAAGCUGGCCAAGCGGUUCGAGGAGCUGGUGCUCAAAGAUAAGCGCUUCGAGAUCUGUAACCAAGUCAAGCUGGGCCUGGUUUGCUUUCGUCUGAAAGGCAGCGACAAGCUCAACGAGAAACUCCUGAGCAUCAUCAACGAGUCCGGCAAGUUGCACAUGGUGCCCGCCAGCGUAAACGAUCGCUACAUCAUCCGUUUCUGUGCCGUUGCCCAGAACGCAACAGCCGAGGACAUCGACUAUGCCUGGGAUAUUAUCGUGGACUUUGCCAACGAGCUGCUGGAGAAGGAGCAGCACGACGAGCUCUCUGAGAUCAUGAACCGCAAGAAGCAGGACACACUGGCCCAGAAGCGCUCCUUCUUCGUGCGAAUGGUCAGCGAUCCGAAGAUUUACAAUCCGGCCAUCAACAAGGCCGGCACUCCGAAGCUGUCCAUGGAGCUGCCCUCGCCGGUGGUGAGCCGCGGCAGUGCUCCCAUUAUCCGAACCCAGAGCUCGGUGGACCACAAUUCAUGGAUUUCCUGGCCGCUAGCUUUCCUCUUCAAUAGCAACAACGAGGAGAAGGGAAACAAUGUCUCAUUGCGUUUCCGACAUUUGGACACCAACGUGCGGCCGUCAUCGUCGCGACGUAAUUCCGGAGCCGGCUCUUCACCCUCGCCGGAAAAUGAGUUGGACUACGUGAAUGUGCAGCAGCACCAGCAACAGCAGCAGGAGCAGCGAUCGCCCCGGAGAUCGCCUAUGGUCGUGCGCAAGACAUCCGCCACAAGGGAAAAUCCCAACUAAUUAUAUUCACACAACAGUCUAUAGAUACAGGCUUAUGCAUAUAUAGCACACAGUAUUAGCACCUUCUUAUCCGAGGUGCCUAGUUGAAUUCUAGACCAAUCUACAAUGCAAUGUAUUACUUAUCCUUUAAGAUCUGUGACAGCAAUA